GCUCAGCUCUGUCUUUAUUUCUACUACUACUCACUGUAUUUUACAGAGCUUUCAGUCCCUCUCCCUCUCCCUCUCUCUCUCUCUCUCCCCUCUCUCUCUCUAGAUGCUCUCUUGGGGAGAAGAAAUUUAGGGUGACUGAGAAUUCUUAGCCUCUUUGCUCACUUGGGUGUGAUUUGGAUUGAUUGAUUUUGAUUGUUCCUUCAGGAAAUCAUAAGCUUAAAAUGGUUAUUUCUGAUGAGAACCGUUCCAAUCUGAUCAGACCCACAAAUAUGCAAGGAGGACUAGAGGUGGGUACCGGCAAGCUUGGACAGCGGCAGAUUAGGCAGACCAGGAGGGCUUUAGGAGUCAUUAAUCAAAGCUUGUUAGGAGCUCCAGCAUACCCUUGUGUUGUUAACAAGAGACCCUUUACACAAAAACAUGAAGUUUAUGAGAAGAAGCAGGCAGAUCCAGCGCACAGACCAAUCACCAGGAAGUUUGCUGCACAAAUUAGCACUCAGCCAUCUUGUUUCGAGGAAGUCAAGAUCCCAAAGGUGCCAAACAAAGCAGAUGAAACCACGAACUCAGCUGGUUUUGGAGAUUGCAUUAGUAUAUUCGUAGACGACGAAUUCAAGUCCCCUGAAGGCCAAGCAGAAGCAAUGACGGAGGACGCAGAGCCCAUGUUCUUAGAGCAAGAAGAAUCAAUGCCGGAAGAAGCGAAUGAUACGAAAGAGGUUGAAAUGGAGGACAUUGUGGAAGAGCCUCUUGUGGAUAUUGACGGUGGCGAUUUGAAGAAUCCCCUUGCAGUUGUAGACUAUGUUGAGGAUCUCUAUGCUUACUAUAGGAGAAUGGAGGGUUUUAGCUGUGUCCCACCUAACUAUUUGGAGCAACAAUGUGACAUCAAUGAGAAGAUGAGGGCUAUACUAAUUGACUGGCUUAUUGAGGUGCACGACAAGUUUGAGCUACUGAAGGAGACAUUGUUUCUUACUGUGAACCUUAUAGACAGAUUUUUAUCCCAGCAUACGGUUGUAAGAAAGAAACUUCAGUUGGUUGGUCUGGUUGCCAUGCUUUUAGCAUGCAAAUAUGAGGAAGUUUCUGUUCCUAUCGUCGGGGAUUUGAUUCUUAUAUCGGAUAAAGCUUACACAAGGAAUGAUGUCCUGGAAAUGGAGAACAUGAUUCUCAACACAUUGCAGUUUAACAUGUCAGUUCCAACGCCGUAUGUUUUCAUGAAUAGAUUCCUCAAGGCUGCUCAAUCCGACAAGAAGAUUGAACUCCUAUCGUUCUUCUUAAUCGAGCUCUCUCUCGUGGAGUACCAAAUGCUGAAGUUUCCACCAUCUCUGUUAGCCGCUGCUGCAGUCUACACUGCUCAAUGCACUCUUCUCGGGUUCAAGCAAUGGAGCAGCACCUGCGAGUGGCACACAAACUACUCGGAAGAACAGCUCUUAGAAUGCUCAAGUUUGAUGGUGGGAUUCCACCAGAAGGCGUCGACGGGGAGGCUGACAGGGGUGCACAGGAAGUACUGUACAUCCAAGUUUGGCUACAUUGCAAAUUCAGAACCAGCAAAGUGUCUGGUGCAGAAUCAACAACUAUAGCAGGCCCAUAUACUCACUAACAAACAUUACAUAUGAUGACUUUGUUAAUUGGGGUUUAAUUGGGUAAUUUGGGAAGAAGAAGAAGAUUAAUGCACUUAAUAAUUCAGCAACUGUGGUUGCACACCUAGGAAAGUUGGGUUACCCUAGAUUUCUAGGAUUUGCAGCAGCCUCAAGUUGUUUGCUUGAGAAAGCAGAUUAGUGUGUUCUAAUUGAACAUGCUCCAUUUUUCAUUUCAAAUUUUUACUUUGAACUUCAAAUAAAUUGACGACACAAAUGGAUUCCAUUUUCUCAA